GUUUGGUUUAUGAAUUAACAAGCGCGUAAUGCGCGAUGUAAAGUGAUCGAAGCUGCUACACAUCAGGAAGAUAGACGAAUGGAAUUUAAUAAUAACAACAAAACCUCUUUCAUUUGAUGGUAUUUAUUAUGAUAUAAUUGAGAUAUCUUGAUCCAAUUUGGAAAUAUGUCUAACGGAGAUAUGCAAUACGUGGGACCAUAUAAACUGGAGAAAACUCUAGGCAAGGGUCAAACAGGUCUUGUGAAACUUGGGGUACACUGCUCAACAGGGAAAAAGGUAGCUGUUAAAAUUGUCAACCGAGAAAAACUCAGUGAAUCUGUUUUAAUGAAGGUGGAAAGAGAAAUUGCCAUAAUGAAACUUAUAGAACACCCCCAUGUUCUUGGCCUUUUUGAUGUAUAUGAGAACAAGAAAUAUUUGUACCUAGUUUUAGAGCAUGUAUCUGGAGGGGAAUUAUUUGAUUACCUUGUGAAAAAAGGGCGCCUCACACCAAAAGAAGCUCGCAAAUUUUUCCGUCAAAUUAUUUCUGCCAUAGAUUUUUGUCAUAGCCAUUCUAUAUGCCAUAGGGAUUUGAAGCCAGAGAACCUUCUAUUAGAUGAGAAAAACAACAUUCGUGUUGCUGAUUUUGGAAUGGCGUCACUGCAGGUUGCGGGAACGUACUUAGAAACAAGUUGCGGCUCUCCCCACUAUGCAUGCCCAGAAGUCAUUCGUAUGACCUUGGUUGCUGGAAAUUGCAUGUUAUCACUGACAGAAUUCUCCAAAUAG